AUGACCAAAAUUUUUAUCCCCGAGAUGCAAUGGGCCCAGGUUGCCGAAAAGAUCGGAGGGCCUCUGGUCUACAAGCAGAUACCAGUUCCCAAGCCUGGCCCGGACGAGAUUCUAGUCAAGAUUCGUUACUCCGGUGUUUGUCACACCGACUUGCAUGCUAUGAUGGGUCACUGGCCGAUCCCAGUCAAGAUGCCCCUUGUGGGGGGACACGAAGGCGCUGGAGUGGUUGUGGCCAAGGGAUCCUUGGUCAAUGAGUUCCAAAUUGGCGAUCAUGCCGGGAUCAAGUGGCUCAAUGGCUCUUGCACCGAGUGUGAAUUUUGCAGGCAAUCUGACGAUCCUCUUUGUGCCCAUGCAAAGCUUUCUGGAUAUACUGUGGAUGGCACUUUUCAGCAGUAUACGGUGGGAAAGGCGACUCAUGCCUCCAAAAUUCCUAAGGAUGUCCCUCUUGAUGCCAUUGCUCCGGUUCUGUGUGCUGGUAUUACUGUGUACAAGGGAUUGAAGGAGUCUGGAGUUCGUCCUGGUCAGACAGUCGCCAUUGUCGGAGCUGGAGGUGGCCUCGGAUCCCUUGCUCAGCAAUACGCUAAGGCCAUGGGUGUCCGUGUCGUCGCCGUCGACGGGGGUGACGAGAAGAGAGCUAUGUGCGAGUCACUUGGUGCUGAGUUCUACGUUGACUUCCUGAAGUCUAAGGAUCUGGUGGCCGACGUGAAAGCGGCGACCCCUGGCGGGCUUGGAGCCCAUGCUGUCAUCUUGUUGGCAGUCUCUGAAAGGCCUUUCCAGCAGGCUACUGAGUACGUUCGCUCUCGCGGAACAAUCAUUGCCAUUGGAUUGCCCCCCGAUGCAUACCUGAAGGCCCCUGUGCUGAACACGGUUGUGCGCAUGAUCAAUAUUAAGGGUAGCUACGUUGGAAACCGACAGGACGGUGUGGAAGCCAUCGACUUCUUUGCACGGGGCUUGAUCAAGGCUCCAUUCAAGCUGGCUCCACUGGAGGAUCUUCCAGCGAUUUACGAACUGAUGGAGCAAGGCAAAAUUGCAGGCCGCUAUGUACUCGAAAUGCCGGAGUAG